AUGCACACUGUGUUCGCGAAUCAAAUCAAGUGUAUCCGCUUGCACGAACGACACCUACUGCAAAUCGGCACUUCCGAUAUAGUUACAACAUUCAUCAAUGGCUAACUACGCGAAGUACGUUGCUGCUAUCGUUAUUAUCAUUGGCGUCGUUUGUGAGCAAGCGUUCGCGGGCAGUGUUCUCGAGGAUGCCGACAGGAACGUUCUAGGAUUGAAUGUUCCGUAUGGUAGAGGAUUGGACAGUGAACAACUGGCCAAAUUGUUGCUAGCAGCUCCACGAUUUUGUCAUCCCAAACGCAAUUCCGAGCUCAUAAAUUCGCUGCUGGGUCUACCGAAAAAUGUUAAUAAUGCCGGAAAAUAAAAGUGAUCUCAUCUAACUGAGCAAGAUGUUUACAAUAUUUCGUAGCUUAUCCACUGUAGAGUACACAACAUUAGAAUAAAACAUUUAGAAAAGUGGUAUAGAACAGAAUUUCAGUGAUGUAGUUGAGUAUGAGAGUCAUCGACUAUAUAAAAUGUAAAUCGAUACCAAUAAACGGAAAAAGAUAUCUAAUGAA